AUGGAUGUAUUCCUGACUAGCGAUAAUACAAAAAAUCCACUCAUUGCCUUGAUGCCCACCCCGAUUGAUUCAGGAAGUGAUCAGUCUGAGACAGAUGACUCUUCGAUGAAUACAAGUAAUGAACACUUCAAUAUUGAGGAGGAAGAAGAGGAGGAUGGAGGUGAUAGUGAUGUGAGUGAGGAAAGAAAUCAAGAAGAUUUCGCAGAAGAGAAGCUAUCACAAGCUCGUUUGCCAGGUGCGAUCGACUCUCAACAACCAUCCGAUGCUGUCUCACUGAUAUUUAAUUCGUUCAAUAAUCGAAAAACAUUCAGUUGUCCUAAAAUUAAGACUGAUUUUGUUACCGGUACCGAUAUCGCUGAUCUAAGUCCCGAAGAUGUUGGUAUGAUUGCAGCUAUGGGUGAUUCAUUGGCGAAAGGGAACUGCUUUCCACAUAUAGCCGCAGCGUUACCAAAGGUUCGGCCGCAGCUUAGAGGUGGACCUCAACCUGAACCCAAUUGUGAGCCUCAGCCUAGGCCUAGGCAUCAGCUUCAGCCUAGGCCUAAGUAUUAA